GAAGAGGAGGCGGGCUGUGCGAAAGGAGAGGAUGAUGGGACCGGCCGGCUGUUUGAAGUGAGCGCCCCUUGUUACGCCAAGCCGGCGUCUGCCCGGGUUUUUGGCAGUCCAAUCUGCACAGAAAAACAACAACAACAAAAACGUUAGCCCAUUCGUGCGCUAGUUCGGUUCGGGAUCGGUCGGCCGUCCUCUCGUGAGCGCCACCAACAAUAACAAGUGGGAGUGAUCCGAGCACAACAAAGCACACAAGAGGCUGAGGACCCCAUCCAAUCAACUGAGGGCAGGACUAGAUCCAGGGGUCCACCGAAGAGCAACCCGGUGGACAGCACAGAUCCCACGCUGAGGGACCCACAAGACAGGGGGAAGAGGGACCCACGUGAGAUGGUGUGAUUUAUAUUCUGGAGCAACGUAUAGUCCGGAAAAUACGAUGAGUGAAGGACGUCAGUGCCAGGUUCUCCUACUCGACGGUCGGAAGCUGGAGCUGCUGGUUCAGCCCAAGCUAUUAUCACGAGAUCUGUUGGAUUUGGUGGCAUCCCAAUUUAACCUGAAGGAAAAAGAAUACUUUGGACUUUUCUUCAUAGAUGACACUGGUCAAAAUAACUGGCUUCAGCUUGAUCGAAAAGUCCUUGAUCAUGACUUCUCUAAGACAUCAGCGACACUGGAGCUGAAAUUCCUUGUGAGGUUUUACAUUGAGAAGGUCUCCUUUUUAAAAGAAAACACGACUGUGGAGCUGUUCUUCCUGAAUGCAAGAUCUUUGGUGUUUAAUGAGAGCAUCGAAGUGGAGAGCGAACACGUUUUCAAGUUAGCUGCUUUCGCAUUGCAGGAGGUCAGCGGUGAUUACACACGUACUGACACAGCAAAAUCAAACCUAAAGCAUCUCCCAUUUCUGCCCACCCAAGUUCUCAGGAAUCACCCGUCUCUCAGUUAUUGUGAGGACAAAGUGAUUGAGUAUUACAAGAAACUGAAAGGGCUGACCAGAGGACAAGCCAUUGUGAAGUAUCUGAGCCUGGUGGAGUCUCUGCCAACAUAUGGAGUCCAUUAUUACCCAGUAAAGGACAAGGAGGGAAUACCCUGGUGGUUAGGUGUCAGCUGCAAAGGUGUUGGGCAGUAUGACUUGCAAGACAAAUUGAAACCUAGAAAGUUGUUCCAGUGGAAACAGUUGGAGAAUUUGUAUUUCCGAGAGAAGAAAUUUGCUGUGGAAGUAAACGAGCCCCACAGUCGAACAGUGAGCAAACGGACCUUUGGACAGAGCGGUCUUGUCAUUCACUCCUGGUAUGCCAGUCAUUCUCUAAUUAAAACUAUCUGGGUGAUGGCCAUCAGUCAGCAUCAGUUCUACCUGGACAGAAAGCAAAGUAGAGCAAAUAUGACCACAACAAGAAGUUCGGGAGACAUUGCCAUGGAUCUUACAGAGAUCAGUGCCCAGCGGAUCAGUAAACUUGCCAAUGUUGAAAACAAAGAUCAACUUAUUAUGGCAAGCAGUGGAAGCCUCAUAUCGGCCGGUUCUGCUGACUCUGACAUUGCUGAGGAACAGAAGAAAGAGAAGAUUACUGAGUUAAAAACAAAAGAAAAAAAACUCCAAGGCAUUCUUACACAGAAACUUGAGGAACUGAAGAAGAUCUGCAUGCGAGAAGCCGAACUUACUGGCAGAUUACCUAAAGAGUAUCCCUUGGUUACUGGCGAAAAGACCCCUCAAGUUCGACGGCGUAUUGGCACCGAAUUCAAGCUUGAUGACCUUUUCCCUUAUAACGAGGAUCCUUAUUUGAGGAAUCUGGAAAGCAGAUUUGCCUUGCAGCAGAAGAUUGUGGAAGCAGCCGUCAAGUUAACCAAUGAAAUAGAUCUUUGCAAGACAGUGAAAAAAAAGAGAAAAAAUAACUGUCUGGAUGCAAUGAGGAAACUGGAGGAUAUUGAGAAGGAGAUCAACACCUAUAGGAUCAGGAUAGGAAAGAAACCCACUCAAAGAGCUUCACUGAUAUUAGCAGAUGAUGUCAAUCCAUCAGACCUCAGUUCUUUGUCUGACAGCUUCACACUGGAUGAAGAUGAUGAACUUGGCUCCCAGAGACAACGGUCGAGUUCAGUCCAGUGCUCUCCAAGACCCCACCAUGCAGACACACUGAGCAUUCACUGCAGCAAAGAGAGACGAGCUACAGCUCAUGACCAACACGCAGACAGCAGGUUAAAUUACGAUCAAAUCCAGGAUCCACUCCACUACAGUCACCAUGAUGCCUUAAACCGGUCUAAUAGUCCAUACAAAACUGCUUCCAGACAGCCAUGUGAUGCCCACAGUAUGCCUCCCACUCCACUGCUGACCCGCAAUGCUUACAGCAGUACCCACCUCAAAUCGGAGGACUCACCACAUCUUUUUCGCCAACGGAGUGGGAGUCUAGAGUCCCAGUCUCAGUUUCUACCAGAGAUGCAACCAACUGUGCCCACAAUCAACUUUUCCCCGUCACGACGCAGCAACAGCACGGAGGUACUCGACGACGGCUCCUCCUACACCAGCCAAUCCAGUGUGGAGUAUGCAGUUCCUGGUAACCACAACCACCGGCGUAGAGUGCGUGGCCGCCACAGGAAGGAUAUUUACGCCAACACCGGCAGCAUGCCCAACUUGGCUCAGCCAGAGACCCACUGUUAUGCCUACCAGCCCCGUACUCGACCCACCACUACUGCCUAUUACAUAACAGGAUAUCCUAACCAUACGGAGCCAGAACUUUACUCUAAUGGCGUCUAUAUGUACGACAAUGAGAUGGAAGGACACUACAGCGUCAAGCCUCCAUUCCAUUCCACCCACGCAGCUUAUCGUCCUCAUGAUAUGCACAGUCGCUAUGGCCACGAUGAGAUAGAUGGCAUCUCACAGAACCUGUACGCAACACUGCGGCCACCUAAGAACCGCCCAGCUCCCCGGAGUGAAGAACAUUUAUCAAGGAGCUUUCAUAAGGCUGUUGUGGCUGAGCACUUGAGAGGCUGGUAUCAUCGCAAUACUGCUUACAAGCAGGCUGCAUACAGCUGUGACUAUGACCGAGGCUCCCAGCAGAGUCUUGGCUACCAGACAAUUCCUGCACCCUUGAGCCACAACAACAGGAACCUCGCUUACUCAUCAGCCUCCUCCACUGGGAACUGGCUUGGCCAUAUUAGUGGUCAUGGUACAGUGGAUUGUGACACGCCCAGGCAGAUGCCACAGACCUACAGCUACACGACAGCUCCCUUCAGCCGCUCCACCAACAGUAGAUAUGGCUGUUUUCAGCAAUUUACUUCUUCCUGGCACAGCCCUGAUGGUCAGGAAUGCUGCAUCUUUUCUCCCUCAAGCUCUUCCUCUUCAGUUUCCCCCUCCUGCCUCCCCUCCUCUUCCUUGUCCCCCGGCUGCAAACCAAGGCUGGUGAUCUCCAGCCCCAAGGAGCAUCCGUCCUCCAGAGGGCAGAGGCCCAGUAUGGUGUUCUUUGCUAAAGGUAGCAUAGUAAGUAAACAGCCAUGGCCAGAGUCUAUGCAUUCUGUCUAUCUAGUCCCCAUCGUCAGCUUUUUGUCAAUGUUUUGAAGUGAACUUUGCAGCUGAGAUGUUGACUGAUUGCUCAGUGUCAUGCGCAAUUAGGUAACUGCAUGCCUUCGUUAAACAACAUCCCCUACUUCCUCCUGUGGGUGGCAUAUGGUCAUCCCGCGGUCACAUUCCGCUGCAGUUUUUGUGCAAAUGCCCCUGCCUGUGUGCUUCCAUUCACUUUUUUGCCCACAUGUGCAGAUUUCUCCCAGAGUUUCAGUGACAGCGUUGUGAAAGGGGGCCAGGCUUUGUGGGGCGUUUCGAGAAGCAUACCCAUACUACUGAGCAGAAAAUUUUAUCCCCUUCUCCACUAAUGUCACUCCAUAAAGGAUGAGAGAAGAUAAUGUCGGUCUAGCCUAAAUUGUAAUCUGGAUAAUAGUGACUUGACUUCUUUUUAAGUGCGACAGAUUGGCAGGAGACUCCUUAGCUUACUGAUUUUUCAUUUUCUCUUUUGCAUGUGUUUUAGUGGAGGUAGAGCACUGAAGUGGCAGAGGAAAAAUGUGGCCCCUGGGCAAUGUUGAAUUUCAUUGCUAUACAGCACAGGUGUUAAACUCAAGACUCGGGCCCAGAUCCCGCCCGUCACAUGAUUUUAUGUAGCUUGUGAAGGCAAAUCAUGUGUAUCAACUUCCAAUCCGUACCAAAAUUUCAAAUUUUCCUCUCAUAAAUGAUUGAUUAAAUGAUUGAGAUAUUGCAAGCACUUAUCUAUGCCCAAACCUCAACAAUAGUUGAAAAACCCAUUAUCCUUGAUUUCUGAUUCCAAAUCUAGUUCAUAAAUUUUAUGUGUAAAUGAGCCGAAAGGUUAUCAUGGUUUCACAGUCAUAAUGGCACUCUGAGGAAAACCGUAACUAAAAUGUGGCCCGCCACAAAAAUGAGUUUGACACCCCUGCUAUACAGUAUGUGCUUUUAUUUGUGCGUUGUGCUGUUUUGGUGAGUGAGAUUUUUUUUUUUUUUUUUUUUUUUGAGUUCAGAGUCAUCUGAGAUAUAGUAUCCCUAUAAGAUAGAGUGGUGAUAACACAGUCCUGCAUUCAUCUCAAUGGUUAGACCUGAAGUGUCCUGGAGUGUUACUAAAUGUGGGAAAUGUCUAGAGCCUACUUGAAAUAAUCUUUAGCUAAGGGGUAAUAUUUGAAAAUGAUAAUGGGACAAGAAAAGUCCAAAGAUGAGAAUUGUUGCCCCAUUCUGACUUUUUU